AUGUCAAAUCAUGCUCUAUUUCAACUAUCUACAACUCUCAUCGGUCACGAAUCAGAUGUUAAGGCUGUAUGCUGCCCCGGAGAGAAUUCCGUUGCUUCCUCUUCUCGAGAUAAGACUGUACGUCUGUGGUCUAGAGCAGGAGAAAAUGCUUUUAUCGAGAACAAAAUUUUUCUAGGGCAUAAUAAUUUUGUAAAUUCUGUUAAGUACUUACCUCCGACAUCAGAUCACCCUUCAGGCCUUGUAAUUAGUGGUAGCAGUGAUAAAACGAUUAACGUAUUUGAUGUUGAUAAUGCACAAGAACCUGCAUACUCAUUAAUUGGACAUUCAGACAAUGUUUGUGCUUUGGAUGUUACCCCUUCUGGCUUCAUCGUAUCUGGUUCUUGGGAUAAAACAGCUAAAAUAUGGAAAAAUUGGCAGGAAUCACACACUUUAGAAGGUCAUUCUCAAGCCGUUUGGGCUGUAUUAGCGGUAGAUGAUGAGCGUAUAUUAACUGGGUCUGCCGAUAAAUCUAUCAUAAAAUGGCAAAACGGAAAACGUGUACAAACCUUGAACGGCCAUACUGAUUGUGUUAGGGCAUUGGCAUUGUUACCAAAUAUGAGCUUCGUAUCUUGUGGCAAUGAUAGUACACUCCGUAUAUGGACUUUUUCAGGUCAAUGCAUUCAGGAACUAUACGGACAUACAUCCUUCGUGUAUUCUCUUGGAGUUUUGCCUACAGGUGAAAUUAUAUCUAGCGGAGAAGAUCGUUCCGUAAAAAUUUGGAAAGAAGGGAAUUGUGUACAAACGAUUAUACAUCCAGCGACUUCAGUAUGGUGUGUUGCUUCAAUGCCUAAUGGUGACAUUGUUAGUGGAUCCAGCGAUGGAAUAGUUCGAAUUUUUACCAGGAAUUCUGAACGCGUUGCAGAACCACAGAUUUUAAAAGAUUAUGACGAACAAGUUUCUAAGCAUGCGAUCCCAUCAAACCAAGUUGGUGAUUUAAAAAAAGACAAGCUUCCUGGACUUGAAGCACUCCAAAAGCAGGGCAACAAGGAAGGACAAGUAAUCAUGGUGCGUGUCGGCGAUGUAGUCGAAGCACAUCAAUGGAAUCAAGCAGAUCAGUCAUGGCAUAAAAUUGGAGAAGUGGUUGAUGCCGUUGAUCAGAAAAGAAAACAAUUAUUUAACGGAAGAGAAUAUGAUCAUGUAUUCGAUGUUGAUAUUGGAGAAGGCACUCCUGCGCUGAAACUACCAUAUAACACAGAUGAUGAUCCAUAUCAAGCUGCGCGAGAAUUUAUAUCGGCCAAUGGGCUUUCAGAAGCUUAUAUGGAACAAAUUGUAGAUUUUAUCUUGAAAAAUGCACCAGGUUCUAAUAUAAGUUCGGGGUCACAGUAUGCAGAUCCUUUUACCGGUGCAUCCAGAUAUACCCCUGGAGGAGUUUCGAGCAGUUUACAAACACCACCAAUUUCUUCAAACACUUUUACAACGGGCCUGGACCCUUGGACUAGACCAGGGCUUUCACCUGCUACAGAGUCUUCACCUGUUGCAUCCGGAUCAGCCAAAAUUAUUCCACAAAAAACCUAUCUCAAGUUUAAUCAAGCAAACAUUCAAGCAAUAUUGAAAAAAACUAAUCAAAUAAAUGUCGAUUUGCAACAAAUUGAAGCUACAAAUAGCGCUGUUUUAACUUCUCAAGAGAUAACUACAUUAGAAAAUUUGGCCAGAUUUUUGCAAAAUCCUCAAGCUAAUUCCAGAUCAAAUAAUGAUCGGCAACAAGAGUUUAUUGUUAUUCAUAAGAUAAUUACCCAGUGGCCAUUUGAAAGUCGAUUUCCCGGAAUUGAUUUAUUGCGCCUCCAGAUUCUAUAUACACCGAUUCCUGCACAGUAUGUUGAAAAUGAUAGCAAUGUAAUUAACCUUCUGAUUAACAGUACUGGGAUGAAUUCUUGGUCUAAGGAUCAUGAUACUCCAACAAAAGAUCAAGAAACAAACAUGAUGUUGGGUCUUAGAGCUCUGACAAACUUAUUUAAUGUCGAAGAAGGCAAAAGAAUUAUAAAACGAGAGGCCUCUACGAUUAUUGACAUGAUAUCCCAUACAUGGAAAAGUACAAAUAAAAAUCUUCGAAUCGCUUUAGUCACUGUGUUUCUUAAUUUUUCGGUUUUAUACCAGACAAAUGCAAAUGAAGACAUUAUUCUUCAGUUGAUGGCAACGCUAGUUGAGCUUCUUGAAAACGAAAGCGAAUCAGAAGUUGUGUAUCGGGCUUUAGUAACUUUGGGAACUUUCAUAAUCCAAAACCAAGCCGCUAAAGAAGCUGCGGAGGCAUUCGACGUUAAAAAUGUGGUGAAACUCGCAUCUACUAAAAUGAAUGAAGCGAGAAUCAACAGUAUUGCUAGAAAAGGUGGGCAUAUGGGCGUAGGACAUCAAGUUCAGCUUCUGGCAAAGAACCCGCAAAGAGGUGUACAUUGGAGGAGUUCAGCAGGUGCUGAAACGCGUCCACGUAGGACAUUAGGGGAAAAG